CGAGCAGGCUGAAGCAGCUGAGUUUGGGGACCCGCAGCCGCGCAGCGCACGGAGCCGGAGGAUUGCUUGAAGAAGGGAAAUGGCUGUCAUGGGAGGAUAAUCCCACCUGCGUGCAUGCCCGGCUGUUUCCUGGCACCUUGGGAACCGGGACCACGAUGCAGUAAUGUGGCAGAGGCAGGGACCGAUUCGCUGAUACAAGCUGGAUUCCAGGCACUUCAGGCAUGACAGACCCUCUUCGGUGGGCCAGAUAUCACUGGCCACGACUGAUGUCUGGUGCAGGCAGGAAUGACAGCGAGAGGUUUUACAACUAUUCCUCGUUGCUUGUGUGUGGGAAGAAGCCCCCUCCGACACCUAAACUGGCCGGAAGACACCGAGUGGUGAUUGCACGAGCACAGUGCUUCAAAGAGGAGUAUGAGAAAACCUGUGGAACGUACAUGAAUAAUCGAAUACGGACAACAAAGUAUACUCUCCUGAAUUUUGUGCCAAGGAACUUGUUUGAGCAGUUUCAUAGAGCUGCCAACUUGUAUUUCCUCUUUUUAGUCGUCCUCAACUGGGUCCCUCUGGUAGAAGCUUUCCAAAAAGAAAUUACUAUGCUGCCCCUUGUGGUCGUUCUCACAAUAAUAGCAAUUAAAGAUGGCUUGGAAGAUUACCGAAAAUACAAGAUAGAUAAACAGAUCAACAACUUAAUAACCAAGGUAUAUAGUAGGAAAGAUAAGAAGUACAUAGAACGAUGCUGGAAAGACGUCACCGUUGGAGACUUUAUUCGUCUUUCCUGCAAUGAAAUCAUUCCUGCAGAUAUAGUCUUGCUGUUUUCCACUGAUCCAGAUGGAAUCUGUCACAUUGAGACUUCUGGUCUUGAUGGAGAAAGCAAUUUAAAACAGAGGGAGGUGGUUCGAGGAUAUUCAGAGCAGGACUCUGAAGUUGAUCCUGAGAAGUUUUCUAGUCGGAUAGAAUGUGAAAGUCCUAAUAAUGACCUCAACAGGUUUCGAGGGUUUUUAGAACAUCCAAGCAAGGAACGCAUUGGUCUCAGUAAAGAAAAUUUAUUACUUAGAGGAUGCACCAUUAGAAAUACAGAGGCUGUGGUUGGCAUUGUGGUUUAUGCAGGUCAUGAAACUAAAGCAAUGUUGAAUAAUAGUGGGCCUCGUUACAAGCGUAGUAAGUUAGAGAGAAGAGCAAACACUGAUAUCCUCUGGUGUGUCCUGCUUCUUAUCUCAAUGUGUUUUGCUGGUGCAUUAGGCCAUGGAAUUUGGCUGAGCAGCUAUGAGGCUGUCCCGUUUUUUAACAUGCCUGAGCCUGACGGACAUAACUUAUCACCAGCAUUGGCAGGUUUCUAUAUGUUUUGGACCAUGAUUAUUUUAUUACAGGUGUUGAUCCCCAUCUCUCUCUAUGUCUCCAUUGAAAUUGUCAAGCUAGGCCAAAUCUAUUUCAUUCAAAGUGACAUUGAUUUCUAUAACGAGAAAAUGGAUUCUACCAUUCAGUGCCGGGCACUGAACAUUGCUGAGGAUCUUGGGCAGAUCCAGUAUCUUUUCUCUGACAAGACUGGAACCCUCACUGAGAACAAAAUGGUUUUCCGGAGGUGUAGUAUCGCAGGUUUUGACUAUUGUCAUGAAGAAAAUGCCAAGAGGCUAGAGUCCUACCAGGAGAUUUCCUCUGAAGAUGAAGAUUUGACAGACACCCCUAGUGGCUCUCUCAGCAAUAUGACAAAACUGAAGGCACACAGCUGCAGGACAGUUAAUAAUGGGCCUUUGAAAAGCAAGUCCUUGAAUCAUCUGUCUGGGAGCUGUUUUGCCCUAGGAGGAGAAGAUGGUGCCACUGAUGGAUCUCUCUCCAGACAGGAAGCUUUCAGUAGUCCUAUUGAAACAGAUGUUGUGCCAGAUACAGGACUUUUGGCCAAAUUUAGCCAGAUUACACCUCAGUUAUUCACGCUACCAAAUGAAACUGAACAAGAUCUGUCAGCAGAGACUUUAUACAUAAUUGACUUCUUUCUCGCCUUGGCAAUUUGUAAUACAGUUGUAGUUUCAUCUCCCAACCAACCACGUCAAAGGUUGAGACUCUCUUCACUGGGUAGAAUGCCCAUCACAUCCUUAGAGGAAAUUAAAAAUCUCUUCCAGAAGUUAUCUGUUCGAAGGGCAAGUUUUCCAUCCCUUUGCAGUGGAAAAGACCCAUCAUCUGGGGGUCCAAAUGCCUUUGUGAGCAGACUCUCCCUCUUUAAUCGAUCAAAGCUGACCCCACCCACUGAGGAAGAUGCUUCCCAGUUAAAUGAUUGGGCCCAAGGCCCCAGCAAAACAACUUGCCUCAAAGACCAAGAGAAAUCUGAAGCCGCUGCAGGCAGCGCCAGUGGCAGCUUGGACUCUCCUGUGGGGCAGACACUUGCCUCGGAUUUGCACUAUGAAGCAGAAAGCCCAGAUGAAGCUGCGUUAGUGUAUGCAGCACGGGCAUAUCAGUGCACUUUACAAUCCCGGACACCUGACCAGGUUAUGGUUGACCUGGCUGCUUUGGGACCUUUAACAUUUCAACUUUUACACAUUCUUCCUUUUGACUCUGUGAGAAAAAGAAUGUCUGUUGUGGUCAGGCACCCUCUUUCCAACAAGGUUGUGGUAUAUACCAAAGGGGCUGACUCUGUCAUCAUGGAGCUACUGUCAUUAACAUCUACGGAUGGGGAGACUUUAGAAAAACAACAAAAGAUAAUCAGGGAGAAAACCCAGAGACAUUUAGAUGACUAUGCCAGAAAAGGGCUUCGCACUUUAUGUAUUGCAAAAAAGGUCAUGAGUGACACAGAGUAUGCUGAGUGGCUGAAGAAUCAUUUUUUAGCAGAAACUAGCAUUGACAACAGGGAACAAUUACUUCUUGAAUCUGCCAUGAGACUUGAAAACAAAUUAACAUUGCUGGGUGCUACCGGCAUUGAAGAUCGUCUGCAGGAGGGUGUCCCUGAGGCAAUAGAGGCCUUGCAAAAAGCAGGAAUUAAGAUCUGGAUGCUGACAGGAGACAAGCAGGAGACAGCUGUUAACAUAGCCUAUGCUUGCAAACUACUGGAACAAGAUGACAAAAUCUUUAUCCUCAACACCGAAAACAAAGAAGCCUGUGAGAUGUUGAUGAAUAAGACUUUAGAAGAACUUAAGAAAGAUGUUCAAAGCGAUCCAAAUGUUCCAUCUCCUGGCACUCAUGUUCCUCAGCUGCGAGCUGGGCUCGUUAUCACUGGGAAAACGUUAGAGUUUGCACUGCAGGACAGUCUGCAGAAUCAGUUUUUAGAGCUCACUGGAUUGUGCCAAGCUGUUGUCUGCUGCCGAGCAACACCCCUGCAGAAAAGUGAAGUGGUAAAAUUAGUACGAAAUCAGCUCAAAGUGAUGACCUUGGCCAUUGGUGAUGGAGCCAAUGAUGUUAGUAUGAUACAAGUUGCUGACAUUGGAAUAGGAAUUUCAGGCCAAGAAGGCAUGCAGGCAGUGAUGGCCAGUGACUUUGCAGUUUCCCAGUUCAGACACCUCACCAAGCUCCUACUUGUCCAUGGACAUUGGUGCUAUACCAGACUAUCUAACAUGAUUCUAUAUUUCUUCUACAAGAAUGUGGCUUACGUAAACCUUCUUUUUUGGUACCAAUUCUUUUGUGGAUUUUCUGGAACAUCCAUGUCAGACUACUGGGUUUUGAUCUUCUUCAACCUCCUCUUCACAUCUGUUCCUCCAGUCAUUUAUGGUAUCCUAGAAAAAGAUGUUUCUGCAGAGACCCUCAUGCAACUACCUGAACUUUACAAGAGCGGCCAGAAAUCAGAGGCGUACUUACCACUCACAUUCUGGAUCACCUUGCUUGAUGCCUUUUACCAAAGCCUGGUUUGCUUCUUUGUGCCUUACUACGCCUACCAGGGCUCAGACAUUGACAUCUUUAUGUUUGGGAACCCUCUGAACACUGCAGCUCUAUUCAUCAUUCUUCUCCACCUCGUAAUUGAAAGUAAAACUUUGACUUGGAUUCACAUGCUGGUCAUUGGUGGUAGCAUCUCAACUUACUUUUUCUUUGCCUUGGUGUUUGGAGCAAUGUGUGUGACUUGCAACCCACCAUCCAACCCCUACUGGAUCAUGGAGGAACACAUGAUGGAUCCAGUGUUUUAUUUAGUCUGUGUCAUCACAACUUGUGUCGCUCUUCUCCCCAGGUUUGUAUACAGAGUUCUGCAGGGAUCAUUAUUUCCUUCUCUGAUAUUAAGAGCUAAGCACCUUGAUAAACUUACUUUGGAGGAAAGGAAUGAAGCUCUCAAAAAGUGGAAAGAGGCCAGAAGGAUGACAGCUGUGCGUUCUGCUCCUACAGACACCAAGAAGCUAGAAAGAAGGAGAAACUCAGGCUCUCCUUGUGACUUCUCAAUGACAGCAGCAUCUUUUUGUACCAAGCAAAGAGACUCUCCCGUAUUCAAAGCUACUUUAGAUAUAAACAAUGCCUCAGGGAUGGCUAUGAAGAUGGUACCAAGUAGCGAUCAUCCUUCACAGAACAGCACUCAGACAUAAGAAAGAACAAAGUGUUUCUUGGUAUUUGGAAUUGAAAAGAAGGAAAUACGUCCCUACCGAAAAAAGAUUGAUUUGAAUUGUUUCUUAAAGAACAUGAAUAUCUUCAUAGGCUAUGACAAGUCUAUGUGAAAUAUGUUCUAUGUGUGGAAUUUUAAAGAGAUUAAAAGAUUGACCUGGGUAGGUUUUUAAUUUGAUUCAUUGCUGGAAUCAAAUGCUCUUAGGGAAGUUUUUGGAUUUUGUAAAAGCGUUUUAAUUGAUUUAGAAAUGCAAAGUAUUUAAAGAGGGAAUUAAAUAAAAUUUAAAAUUUUCUAUUUCAUUUGGAGACCAUAAAAGAAAAUAAACACAUGCAUAUUACUGGCAUUUCCCAAUUUAAGAACAGGUCAGCUCCAAAAAAAAUCUAUUUACAUAUCAGUCUUUUGGAAAUUAGAGCACCUUUCUCACGUAGAAACAAUGUCAUGCAUGGUGUUUCAUUUCCUAGGUCAGGCUACAAUAAAUCUCUUUAACCUAUGAUGUAUCUGAAUACAGUAAUAUACAUCCAAGAAUACCACUCUCUUUCCCCAACUCCUUCCACCUCUAGAUAGAUCACUUCCCAGGUGCCUUGAGUUAAGAAACACUUGUUCCGAUUGGGGCUUAGAUUCCUCCCACUACCUGUUCCUAUGUUGGGGUUAUUUAAGCCAAGAGUUCAUAAAUUAGGGAACUGCCAGUAUUUCUAGAUCCAUGGUAACCUUGACAACCAAUAAAAUAUUCUAUUCAAGAGCAAGUCUCAAAAAGAAAAAAAAAACCACCUUGUAGUGUUUUUUUAAAAUUUCAUCACCUUUUCUUUCUGCUGUCAUGUUCUGCAAAAACAGGGUAUGCACAGCUAAUACUUGGGGUCAGCUUGAUACAAGAGAAAUAAUAUUGGAUAUGCAGUCCAAGGUUAGAGACUAGACCUGUGAUCUCUUUGGCAUAGGGAACUUCCCAGGUGAGAACAUUACCUCUUCCAAAGUAGGUUGGCACUUCCUCUGCAACCUCAAAUUUUAAAGAGCUUCCUAGAGCACCAAGAGGUUAGGUGACUUACCCAGGGUCACACAACCAGUAUGGGUCAGAGUUUAGACUUGAACCCAGGUCUUUCUCACUUUGAAAUGUUCUCUUUGUCUGCUAUGCCAAGAUUCCUCUUGAACCCAUGUUCAAAAUCCACCUGUUCCAUUUGCUAUUUUUGUCCCAGUGUUGCCCCAUCAGUUUCUGCAUCUAUAAAGUGAAGGAGUUGGUUGGAUUAUAUCUAUAAUUUAGCUUCCAGUUCUACAACUAUGAAGCUGUGAUAAGGCCAAGAUGCAUUGUGGUAUGAGAAGACAGAGACUCUUCAGAAGUCUUUUUUAAAAUGCAUUUUAAGACAGCAAGCUGUCUGCCAUGGAUAUGUAUUCUGGUUAUUUAUAAUAACCAUACUAUAUAAAAAACAAAAUCAUGACAUACAGAAUCUUUCUGAUAAAAUGAUUUUUAAAAAUGA